CUGGUCAGUCUCACCAAAGGAAAGGAAGGAGAGAGCAGGGACCGUAAGAGGCGGACCCUCUGCUGCUCUAUCCCUCCGCUGCAACUAAUGCCAUGUUCAAAACAACUGGGAACUCGGAACUCAGAAAUCUCAGACUUCAGUGCAUUCAAGACAUCUGGGAACUCUGAAAAAAACGAGAUCCGACUGGGAUUUAUGGGGGGGAACGGUCAACCAACUCGGAAACUCUGGCAUCUUUCGAGAGUUCCGACCUGAAGUUCACUGAAGUCAUCAUUUGACCUUGUUUUUUUCCGAGUUCCCAGUUGUCUUGAGAGAACCAUGACCAUCUGAUGCAGGCUCGAAUAGCAUUCCUACAAGGAGAAAGGAAGGGUCAAGAAAAUUUAAAGAAUGAUCUAGUUAGAAGAAUAAAAAUGUUAGAAUAUGCAUUAAAGCAAGAAAGAGCAAAAUACCAUAAAUUAAAAUAUGGAACAGAAUUAAAUCAAGGUGAAGUUAAGAUGCCCAGCUUUGAAUCAGAAGAUACCAAAGACACAGAGGUCCCUGCUGUACCUCAGAAUAGUCAGCUGACGUGGAAACAGGGCAGACAACUCCUCAGACAAUAUCUUCAGGAAGUAGGUUACACGGACACAAUACUAGAUGUGCGGUCUCAGAGAGUGCGUUCGUUACUGGGCCUGUCCGGCUCAGAGCAGAAUGGCUCGGUGGAAAACAAGAACCUGGAUCAGAUCCUUAAUGGAGGGGAGUCUCCAGCCAAACGAAAGGGACAAGAUAUGAAAAGGAAUCCAGGAGAUGUUCUGGAAACAUUUAACUUCUUAGAAAACGCAGAGGACAGUGAUGAAGAUGACGAUGAGGAUGGAGACCUGAUGGAGGAUAUAGACAGUGGCAAACACACAAUAAAAAAGCAUAAGAUAAAGGUUGGGAACGAGGGCCUGGCCUCUGACCUUCCAGAUGACCCCGACACGGAGGAGGCUCUGAAGGAGUUUGACUUCCUGGUGAAUGCCGAGGACGGAGAGGGAGCAGGGGAGGCCCGGAGUUCAGGGGACGGGACCGAAUGGGCUGAGCCCUUACCGUUUCCCUCAGGCGGGGGCAAGUCCUUUAUCAUGGGCUCUGAUGACGUGUUGGAGAGUGUCCUGGGACUGGGAGACCUAGCUGACCUCACCGUCUCCAAUGACGAGGCCGACUACAGCUAUGAUCUGCCAGCCAAUAAGGACACGUUCAGGAAGACGUGGAAUCCCAAGUACACACUGCGCAGCCACUUUGACGGGGUCAGGGCCCUGGCCUUCCAUCCUGUAGAGCCUGUCCUGGUCACCGUGUCUGAGGACCACACCCUCAAAUUGUGGAACCUGCAGAAGACUGUGCCUGCCAAAAAAAGUGCCUCUUUUGAUGUGGAGCCUAUAUACACAUUCAGAGCUCAUGUGGGGCCUGUGCUGUCCCUGGCUAUGACUUCCAGUGGAGAGCAGUGUUACAGUGGAGGGAUUGACCACACAAUACAGUGGUGGAACAUCCCCAGCUCCAACGUAGACCCUUAUGACACCUAUGACCCCAGCGUCCUGGCUGGAACCUGGCUGGGCCACACAGACGCCGUGUGGGGGCUGGCCUACAGCGGCAUCAAGAACCGCCUGUUGUCCUGCUCCGCAGACGGAACAGUCAAGCUGUGGAACCCCCAGGAGAAGAACCCAUGCAUCAGCACUUACAAUGCAGAGAAAGAGCACGGCAUCCCCACUGCGGUGGAUUUCAACGGCUGUGACCCCGCCCACAUGGUGGCGUCCUUCAAUACGGGCAACGCUGUGAUCUAUGACCUGGAGACCUCACAGACCGCCGUGGUGUUCGCUGGUCAGGGGGAGAGCACUCUGCCUGCAGCCAACCACAUCAACAAGGUAGUGAGUCACCCCACCCUGCCUGUAACCAUCACGGCCCACGAGGACAGAAACAUCAAGUUCUUCGACAAUAAAUCGGGUAAAGUGAUCCAUGCGAUGGUGGCCCACUUGGAUGCCGUCACCAGCCUGGCUGUGGACCCCAACGGAAUCUACCUGAUGUCAGGAAGCCACGACUGCUCUAUCCGUCUGUGGAACCUGGACAGUAAGACCUGUGUGCAGGAGAUCACUGCCCACCGCAAGAAGUCUGACGAGUCCAUCUAUGACGUUGCCUUCCACCCGUCUAAGGCAUACAUAGCAAGUGCAGGGGCCGACGCCCUGGCCAAAGUGUUUGUGUAGUAGACCAGUGCUGCUCUGCCAGGUUGAGCUGAGUGUGUAGACACAGAAAGAAAGAAUGGACUGCUUCACUGCCUUGUGUAACAAGAGUAGCAUUUUAUGACACUACAUUGAAGCUGCCUCCCUCCACCCCCAUCCCUGUUAAACUCAACACAAACCAGGUGCCAAGGGGACUUAUGCCAGGCGUGGAGGGUGGAGAAGCGCCCAAUCAAUUUUAUCCUGUUUUCAAACUAAAACAACAACAACAUUUACCUGUAAUUUACUGUAAGUUAAAAAAGCUGGAGUAAAACAAACUAGCGUAUGUAGCCUUUUUGACUGGGUUUGAGCUGAGCUAAUAUCUGUUCUGUAGGUAUAGUUCAGUGACCGAGGGAGAAUUUGAGAUUUCACCUGAUUCAUACUACAGGGCUGACCCCAACCAUACAGGGCUGGCUCUGAUAGUUUCUAUUUAACAGGACGUGGCCACAGCCCCUGGUGGGCCGACCGGGAGACCCUGCGGCGUCAGUUCAGUUCACACUAAACAUGAGUCAGUCAGGCGUCCACUCAACAACAUCAUGUAGUGAGAAAAAUAAUGAAUGAAAUAUAGUCAAUCAACUUCACACUUUAGCAUUAGUUCCAUGACAUUUUUGUGUAAAAAAAUAAAUAUAGUUUUUAUAAUCCUUUUUAUAUAAAUAAAGUCUGUCAUAACAGCACUGAAAAUUAUGUAUAUAAAUAAAAAAAGAAGGGAAUAUUUAUUCCCGGUCUGAACCCUUCAUCACAACUAAUGCUGUCCCCCACAACCAUCAUCUUACUGUUCCCACGUCACUGAAAACACUCAGUGAACUCGCCCUUCCUAACCCAAGGAUGUGAUCUCUUACAUUGCUUUGACACGGUCUUGUCACAUGAGUAAAGACUAUAGGACUAAAAGAAGCACAGUUCAUGGCUUCCUGAGAGAGCGCUCUCUUUUAAAAUAAACUGCAUCAUCCUAUCACUAUGUGAUAUUUUUGUACACCUUACUGUAUUUUAGUUUAUUUAUCACAGGUUAUUAGACAUCUUAAUGCUAUAAAUCAGUGCUUUGAAGCAAGCAUGGGGUGUAACCGUUUUAUUUUUCUUAAUUUUGUUUUAAGGAAUUGGAAUAGCAAACGUAAGAUUAAUCACGACUCAGUCUUUUGUUUGGUUGUACUUUUCUCUUUUAUCCUGCAAAACAAUUUUAUGUUCAAACAUGCUACAAUUUAUGGUGUAACUAAAUACUUUUGUUUGUGUAAUGCAUGAUAAAUACAAUAAAAUAUUUUUUCUAGUCUUCCAAAAAAAGGUUCUGGUUAGUUUGUGAGUUUUGAUGAGUUUUGUAAGGUUUUUGUUUUACAAACUAUGAAUCAGCAGAUUUUAAAGAUUGUACCACAUAGCAAAAUGCAACUGUUGAAAAGUAAUGUAUAUAAAAUGUCUAUAAUAAAUAUUAAAUGGUG